AUGGUGGGUGGUGCCUCCUGGCUCCUUAUCCACGAGGGCCGGGUAGGUGUAGCGCUUAACCCUUUCUUGGCCGCCAGGUGGAGGCAAGGGGGUUCGGUCUUGGUUAAGGGGCGUGGGUGGUCGGGUAAUCCCAGGGCGUUCGGAGUGUCUAUCCCGGGCUCAGGUUGGAAGCCAGGCUUUCUCUUGGUCCCGGUAUACGCCCCGCUGGUAUCGAAAACGCAGUUGGAGGAAAGGGAGGCUUUUAGGGAACAGUUGAGUUUGAUCCUUGACCACUCGUCCAGUCGGCGUCGGCUCGUGGUUGGUGGGGAUUUCAACGGUGAAGUGGGGCCUACCAAAGACUCGUCUUGGCGUCACGUUUUGGGACCGUAUGGGGACGAUAGGCGCACGCGUGGCGGGGAGGAGUUGCUGCAGUUUUGUGAACAGGAACACCUUGUGGUAGCAGGCUCCUUCACACCCCAACGCCAUAAAGCUACUUGGUACCACAAUCGGUUUGGCACCGCCCACACACUUGAUCACUUUCUGGUCCGUGGUGUUGACAAGAAAUGGAUCAAGUCGGUCUUUACUGUGCAUUUUGCUGCCAACCAGCGUUGUAGCAAGACAUCGAGGCAAGGUCGUCCGCGCAAGUUCUCGUCUGCCCCCUGGCUUGAGCAUACGGACCAUGAUCCGGUGGAGCUUAUUAUUCGGGUUGGGAAAGAUUGGGCUGGGGAAGCACAGCGUAGGAGAGAGCGGGCCCCUCGACCGGAUGUUUUGCGUUUCCUGGGAUGUUCGGAGGAAGCUGCGGCUCUGCGGCGUGAGUAUGCCAAUGUUGUUUCCGAGGAGUUGGAAAGGGUUUCAGGCCAGUUUUUGGAUUGGGACUUGGUGGCCGAGGUCAUGAGGAAGUCUGCGUUCCAGGUCGUUGGUCCCACCCCCCCACGGCACAGAAAACCUUGGUUGCAGGGUAAAGAAUCGGAGCUGCUCGAGCUGGAAACUGCUGUCCAUGUCGCUGAGGAAAACCUUCGGGAGGCUCGUCGACAGGGAUCUUCACAGGUAGAUUCUCUUCUGGACAUUCGUCGUCGUUUCAGUGCUGACCUCCGCAGCGCCAAGCGCCGGUGGGAAGCCUGUUGGUGGAGCGAUCUGGCGGUUAGGGCCAAUCGUGCGGGGGAGGAGGGGGAUGACUAUGCCUUUUGGCAGGUGUGUCGUCAGUUGGGCUUCAGGGAGUCAUGUCGUGCAUAUGGCGGUUCGUUGCGCACUUGCGGUGAUGCUGUCAGGGAAAGGGAGGCCUGGAAGGAUUUUCUGCACAACAUCCAGUCAGGUGAGGGCGAAGUUUCUGAAGAGGUCUGGGAUUUCAUUCCACCCGCCACGGCAGAAAUUUCCGUUUUAGGGGAGGAGCCUACUAGGCAAGAGUUUCGUGACGCGCUGCGCAAAAUGAAGGUGGGCAAACGCGGUGGGGCAGAUGACAUCACGGUGGAGAUGAUUAAGUUUGCGAACUCUGAUCUUCAAGACACGGUUUUUCUGGUGGUCCUUGAUAUGUGGAAUGAUGCUAGGCUCUCGGAUAACGGACACGAGGCUGACAAGUGGUGUCAGUCCUCCAAGGACGGCGUGUGCAUCCCAAUGUACAAAAACAAAGGGUCCAAAGAUGACAAAAACAAUUAUAGGAAUCUGGUCAUGCUCUCAGUUUCAGCCAAAAUUGUGGCCCGCAUUGCUGCCAGCCGUCUGAGCAAGUGGCUGGAAACAUGGAUGCCGGAAGAACAAAAUGGUUUUCGCCCCGGUCGGGGCAUUGAUGAUGUGCAACAGUUUGUUCGUCGGCUGCUUGAGGAGGUCUCGGUCUCUGCCAAGUCUGCGUGUCGUCGGGCUCGUGCCGCGGAGUCGUCUGGAGGGACACCUGGCAUUACCUGGUCAUACAAGGUUGAUGGGAAACUGGUCAGAUCAGGCCAUGCACGUCAUUCCUCUCGGGGUGUCAAGUCCAGUGUCGUUGGGGACGUGGAAUUUGCCGAUGAUACUGCCUUGUUGGGAUGGGUGGAGGAGCUCCGAGUGGCGGAACAGUUGUUUGUGCAAACAUUGCGUGAUUGGGAGCAGGAGGAACAUCGGGGUAAACGGGAGAAGCUCAUGCUGGUUCCUGGUGGGAGAUUAAUUUGGGAAGUUUUGAAUGAGUUUGAAGCUAAGACCCUCAAACACUUGGGCGCCACUCACUGUGACAAUGCUGACCAGUGGGCAGAAACCAAAAAACGUGUACAGGCUGGUUUCUAUGCUGUUAAGCGGGUGGCUAAGUAUUGGUCUCUGGGUACAAGUCACGGCAGGGGAGCUGGCAUGGGUCUUCAUACUACCAAAAGGCUUCGUGUUAUGCGUGCGGUCGUUGAGGGUACGUUGCUGGCUUGCGGCAAAUCUAGGGUGUGGAGUUUGGCACAGGAGCGGAAAGCUAAUCAAGUCAUGGCUCGGGGCAUCCGUCGUUGUUUGGGUGUGGACAGGUAUAACAUGCGUGAGUAUGGUUACUCGGACGAGGCAUUGCGACAGAUGGUGCAGUGGAAUUCCUUCACUACACUAAUGCACAGAAGUAUUCUACUUUGGUUGGGGCAUGUCGCCAGGAUGAAUUGUGAUCGUCUUCCCAAGAUGGCGGUUUUCGGGUGGAUGGAGGGAUUGGAAGAGCAUCGCUCGGCUCGCUACACCUUCCCAAGUUGGGUACAAUGGCUGCUGUCCAAAUACAACAUCUCGGUUAUGGCCCCUUCAGCAGACCCACCUGCUGAAUUUACCAGUUGGCGUUUGUUCACGGAUGGAGCAGGUCCCAGUCCGGGAGCUCCUUUUGCAGGUUGGGGAGUGGCCAUUUGGGAGGCUUCUGCUUCGCUCGAACCCAGUUUUGAACUUUUCGGCCCGGUCUGUCUUUCCCCCCACGACAAGCGUUUUAUGGGUGCGAUAGUGGCAACGAACAAUGUUGGAGAACUUAGUGCCAUGGUAGAGGCGCUCCUGUGGUUGGAAUCCGAGGCCCCGGGCCCCAGUGAUUUGCCCGCUACCAUCUUCUACGAUUCCUCCUAUGCCUUCAAUGCCAUCACUGGAACUGGUGAGCCAGUUGAAAACUCUGACUUAGUUAGGUACGCUCGAACCGUUUUUGCAAGAGUGGCGGCGGUGAGACUAGUGCAGUUUUCCUAUGUUAAAGGUCAUUCGGGAAAUGUUGGCAACGACAAGGCGGACGAACUUGCCGGUCACGAGGCACAUUGUAAGGUGGAGGCUGCGGCUCCUGCCAACAUUCCGUGUCGACAUCUUUGUGGUAAAGUUUUUGAGUGGAAGCACGCUGUUCUCCAGCCCGGACUUGCCCGUUUUGUGAAGAACAGUUUCCUCUGGGGGUCGCAAACCGCACUUGUUCCGUUUGUGGUAAAAUUUGUGGGCAAAUCGGGAGUCGCAUUGCUCAUGAACGUCCUGCUUGCAGGAGACCACCGGGCUCUUGACAAAGCUUGGCAUCUGGUGGCAGAGGACUUGAUUGCAUGCCCCGCCAUGCCGGCCGCUGAUAACGUAGAUGCUCGCCUGGAGUUCCUCGAAGAUCGGGUUUCCGAGUGGGAUACCUUAACCCGAGUGCGGGCCAAAGGGAUCCCAGCUUUGGUCAAUCGUGCCAGGGAGAUUGAUGCCGGCACCCGGGAAUUCUGGACUUUGAAAGAGUGCGUCGGCCAGUUGAUGUGGGAGGCCGUAUCUCCUGGGCUAUCUCGUGUCCUUCCUGCUGAUGCUCUCGAACACGUGAAGACUGAGUGGGACGUUGGUUUUUUCAAAGAUGGAAUUUCCGGAGUGUACCCGAUCGGGGGCAAGUGGGGGGAAACCCACAUUUUUGAUGUGCGGUUGAAGUGUGGGCUGCAAGCUCUUAGGAUCAAUCACCUCAUCCGGUCCACAGUUGCCCCCAAGAUGAAGGAAGCUGGUGGUGAUCCUAAUGGACCCCAGCUUUGGGUGCCACGCAGUCAAGGGGAGAUGCGGAGGAAGCGGGCUCGAUCGGAGGUCAUCAUCUUCGCCAACUGGCGAGGCUUCUCUGGCGGUACCCGCGACAUGUACAACGAGAUCCUCAAGUUCGGCGCUAUGAUUGUAGAUGCGCUGGUCGAGUACGAGCAGCCUAUCUUUAUCUAUAUCCCCAAGCACGGCGAGCUCCGUGGCGGAGCUUGGGUGGUCAUUGACCCGGCAAUAAACCCAGACAAGAUGGAGAUGUACGCCGACGUGGACGCCCGCGGUGGCAUCCUCGAGCCACCAGGUAUUGUGGAGGUGAAGUACCGUGCACCCCAGCAGGUAGAGGCCAUGCACCGGAUCGACGCCAAGUUGAAGGACUUGGAUGGCAAGCUGGCCGGCAAGGAGGGCGCCGCGAAGUCCGAAAUCGAGAAGGAGAUCAAGGCUAGAGAGAAGCAGCUGCUUCCUCUGUACACUUCCGUGGCGACCACCUUCGCGGACCUGCACGACCGAGCGGGACGAAUGAAGGCGAAGAACGUCAUCCGCGACAGCAUCGACUGGAAGAACUCUCGCCGCUACUUCUUCUGGCGAGUGAAGAGAAGGAUGUUGCAGGACCACAUGAUCAAGCGCUUGCAGAAAGCCGACCCAUCGCUCACUCACAAGGGUGGCGAGGCACUCAUCCAGAAGUGGUCCGCUGAGAGCAACGUGGACUUCGCCAGCGAUCAGAAGAUGGUCAGCUGGCUCGAGUCACAGAACGUGGAUGCGCGCGCGGAGUCCAUCCGCGCAGCCUACCUCAAGACUCAGAUUCAGGAGCUGUUUAGUCAGCUUCCGGCCGGAGAGCGCAGCGGUCUCCUCUCGAGCCUGAAAGCGUGA